AUGUUUCUUGAUGUCUUCAAGUACACGGAUCGUGUUCUCAUGAUGGCAAGACCUCGGAAAGUGUUGAUGAUUGCCGUUGAUGGUGUCGCACCUCGUGCCAAGAUGAACCAGCAACGUUCGAGACGGUUCAGAUCGGCUCAGGAAGCCAAGAUUGCAGACGAGGAGAAACAGCGUCAAAUCAAGGAGCGAGAGCUUCGUGGAGAAUCCAUAGACGAAGCUAUAAAGGGCAAAAGAUCGUGGGACUCCAAUGCCAUUACUCCAGGUACUCCAUUUAUGGACAAAUUGGCCACAGCUUUGAGGUACUGGGUUGCCUACAAGUUGACUUCAGACCCUGGAUGGGCCAAUGUUCAGGUGAUUAUCAGCGAUGCCACAGUUCCCGGUGAAGGUGAGCAUAAAAUCAUGAACUUUAUAAGGCUGCAAAGACUGGAUCCAGAAUAUGAUCCCAACACGAAACACUGUAUUUAUGGGCUCGAUGCCGAUUUGAUUUUCUUGGGCUUGGCGACACAUGAACCUCACUUCCGGGUUUUACGUGAAGACGUCUUUGCCAAUCAAUCCAGGCAAUUACGAGUGCUGGACCAGAUUCUGAUGACCCAAGAGCAGAAGGACUCGCUUGCUGCUCAGGAUGCCAGAAAACCAUUUUUGUGGCUUCACAUUAACGUUUUGCGUGAGUACCUUGAAACCGAGCUUUUUGUGCCUCAUCUUCCAUUCACCUUCGAUGUUGAGCGAGCCAUCGACGAUUGGAUUUUUAUGUGUUUCUUUGUUGGAAACGAUUUCUUGCCGCAUCUUCCAAGUUUAGAUGUUCGUGAUAAUGGUAUUGACAUUCUUUUGGGGUGCUGGAAACGAGUGGUCCCCAAACUAAAAGGCUAUAUCACUUGCGAUGGAAAUCUUAAUGUCGAAAGUGUGGAAAAGUUGAUGAAUGCUCUCACCUACAAAGAAGCAGAAAUCUUUCGUAAGAGGCACGAGCAAGAAAAAAGGAGGGAAGAAAACGAUAAACGUCGUAAAGUGUUCCAAGAAGAAGACAGAGCGCUUAAAAACCAGUACCUUUCUCAGGUAUCGAAGGGCCAAGAUAAAGCACCGUUGGUAGCUGACACACAAAUGCCGUUGAUGACUACCAGCGGAGAGGUGGUGGAAGGAUACGCAAAGUUGUCCAAUCGUGAUAUAGUCCACCAUCGUGAUGUUAUAACGAAAGCCAAUAUGCUGAACGCAGAAGCCGCCGCAGAACUCAAGAAAUUGUUGGAUGGUGGUAUGGACAACUCCACGGAUCAACAAGAUUCAGAGACCAACGUGCAAUCGAAUGCCAGCGAGACUCUGGAGCAACCUUCACGCAAGCGUCCUUUAGAAAGCGAGCUUCCCACACCAGAUGAGAAUGGAGAUGCCGUGAGAAUGUGGGAGCCUGGUUACCAUGAUCGCUACUACCAAACCAAAUUUCACCUUACAACCCAAGAGGAAAUUGAUGAAACUCGCCGAGGUCUUGUGCGGAGUUACUUGGAGGGGAUUUCAUGGGCAUUGCUUUACUAUUAUCAAGGGUGUCCAUCGUGGCAGUGGUAUUAUCCGUACCAUUAUGCUCCGUUCGCGGCGGACUUUGUGAAUGUUUCAGACAUUAUUGGAGAGGAAGGUAUCAAGUUUGAUCUAGGGACUCCAUUUCGGCCUUAUGAGCAAUUAAUGGCGGUUCUUCCAGCAGCAUCGGGACAUAAUCUUCCCGAAGUUUUUCGUGAUUUAAUGUCAAAUCCUGAUAGUCCUAUCAUAGAUUUCUAUCCUGAAGAAUUUGAAAUUGAUAUGAACGGUAAGAAGAUGAGCUGGCAGGGUAUAGCGUUACUUCCGUUUAUCGAAGAAAAACGAUUAUUACUGGUGCUUGAGAGCAAAUACCCGGAAUUGACCGAUGACGAAAGGGACCGCAAUACGCUCAAAUCUGAAGUGCUUGUGAUGUCUGCUCAAAACGUGAACUACAAUCGGUUCAGUGAAAUCUACAAAUCCACCGACGAGAAAACCAUCACUUUUGGUUGCAGUGCAACCAAUUUGGCGGGAACCAUCUUUAAAAACGACCACUUUCAACUCGAAGGACUAACCAAAUUUCCAUUGAGUUAUGGAGAUAUGCCAGAUAUAGAUAACGUGGAAUACUUUUUGAGCUCCUACCACAUGCCUCCCAAGAAACGGGGCAAAUCCAUGCUUCUUUGUGGUUACAUUUCUCAUCAGCCAGUGUUGACUCAAGACGAUAAAAAUACCAUAAUCUAUGGAUCGAGAAACAACGGUGGAGGAGGUCGCUUCCGGAGUCCCAAUGAUAACCGCGACUACGUCAAUUCCGGUCCUAUGGGCUCAGAGAUUUACAAGGUUUACUCAAUGAGAAGAGGAGGGUACAGGGCGUUCAUCGAGAUGCAGAAUCAAGCCCAAAAUUAUGGCUCACAAGGAGCCAAUUAUCAAAACGGAAACCAGGGUUAUAAUCAAGGAAACCAAGGAUAUAACCAAGGAAAUCAAGGUUACAACCAAGGGUACCAAAAUCAAGGUUACAAUCGAAAUCAAGGAAACCAAUAUAACCAAAAUUACACUCAAGGCUACAAUCAAGGUUAUCAAGAAAAUCAAAACUACAAUCAAAAUUACAACCAAGGAAACCAAGGAAACCAAGGAUACAGCCGCUACAACCAAGGAGGUUAUAACCAAAAUCAGGGAUAUCAAGGUGCCCGCCGCACCAAUCGUGGUGGAUUUGGUUCGCAACGGUCGUCUUAUCGCCGUUAA